AUGUCAGUCAUGUUGCAGACACCUUCCCGGGCCUCAACUGCCUCGUCUUCCUCCUACCAGCCAAUUUCCCGCCAGAACACAAUGUCUUCGUACGAUGGAUCGCGAUCCGCCCGCCAAUCCAAGCGGUACUCCAUGUCCGCGCUGUACAUGUCCAUGUCCGCCAACGAGACGGAUCUCGAAAUAGAAGAUGAGUUAGCCAAAGCCCAGAAAAUAUUACGGGAUCUCAAAUCCAAAAUCUCGUCACAAUCAAAAAAGAACUUUGUCCUCGAGAAGGAUGUUCGCUAUCUCGACUCGAGAAUCGCCUUACUCAUCCAAAAUCGCAUGGCAUUGGAGGAACAGAACGAAGUCGCCAGCCAUUUGGAAGACGCAACGGACUUGCAAGAAGGCGCCUUCCCGAACGACGACAAGACACAGAAAUAUGGAAACUUGUUGUUCCUGCUCCAGUCUGAGCCACGACACAUCGCGCAUCUCUGCCGACUGGUGUCUAUGUCCGAAAUUGACUCGCUUCUUCAGACCGUCAUGUUCACCAUUUACGGAAACCAGUACGAGAGUCGCGAAGAGCAUCUCCUGCUUACUAUGUUUCAGUCCGUUCUCACUUACCAGUUUGAUACCACGCCCGAAUAUUCCUCGCUCCUACGCGCCAACACCCCGGUCUCGCGAAUGAUGACGACCUACACCCGAAGAGGGCCCGGCCAAAGUUUUCUCCGAUCAGUUCUUGCCGAUAGAAUCAACAGCCUGAUUGAAUUGAAGGACCUGGACCUAGAGAUAAACCCGCUGAAGGUGUACGAGAGGAUGUGUGAACAGAUUGAGGAGGACACCGGCAGUUUACCAGCGUCAUUGCCCAAGGGGAUCACUGCUGAGCAGGCCGCCGAGAACGCCCAGGUUCAGGCCAUCAUUGAACCGAGGCUGACGAUGUUGACCGAAAUUGCUAAUGGCUUCUUGACGACUAUCAUCGACGGCCUCGACGAGGCGCCCUACGGCAUCCGAUGGAUUUGCAAGCAAAUCCGUAGCCUGACCAAGAGGAAGUACCCAGAUGCCAACGACCAGGUCAUCUGCACCCUCAUUGGUGGCUUCUUCUUCCUGCGCUUCAUCAACCCGGCCAUCGUCACGCCCAAGUCAUACAUGCUUAUUGACGGCCCACCGGCCGAGCGCCCGAGGAGAACGCUGACGCUCAUUGCCAAGAUGUUGCAAAAUUUGGCAAAUAAGCCUUCGUAUGCCAAGGAGCCAUACAUGGCGAAGCUGCAGCCCUUUAUUCAACAAAAUAAAGAUCGCGUCAACAAAUUCAUGCUCGACCUGUGCGAGGUGCAAGACUUUUACGAGAGUCUGGAGAUGGACAACUAUGUCGCUCUUUCCAAGAAGGAUUUGGAGCUUUCAAUCACCCUGAAUGAAAUUUACGCCAUGCAUUCCUUGAUCGAGAAGCACACUGGGGAACUCUGUAAGGACGAGAACUCUCACCUGGCGCUGAUGAUAUCGGAACUUGGUCCUGGACCCGCCCAGGUUCCCCGAAAAGAGAACAGAGCUAUUAAUCUGCCCCUUUUCAGUCGUUGGGAGACCGCCAUCGAUAACUUGACCGCCGCGCUGGACAUCACUCAGGAAGAAAUCUUUUUCAUGGAAGCCAAGUCCAUAUUUGUGCAAGUCAUGCGAUCAAUCCCGGCCAACAGUUCUGUCGCACGCCGACCGCUACGAUUGGAGCGGAUCGCCGACGCCGCCGCCACCUCGAGGAACGACGCGGUAAUGGUCCGAAAGGGGAUUAGGGCCAUGGAGCUUCUCAGUCAGCUCCAGGAGAUGCGGGUCAUUGAUAAAUCAGACCAGUUCAGUCUACUGAGGGACGAAGUCGAGCAGGAGCUGCAACAUCUUGGCUCACUGAAAGAUGGCGUGAUCCUCGAGACGUCGAAGCUUGAAGAGGUGUACAAGACCAUCAGGGAUCACAACUCAUACCUCGUGGGCCAGCUUGAGACAUACAAAAGCUACCUACAUAAUGUGCGAAGCCAGUCAGAAGGUACCCGACGAAAACAGCAGAAGCAACAAGUGCUCGGCCCGUACAAGUUCACCCAUCAACAGCUUGAAAAGGAAGGUGUUAUACAGAAGAGUAAUGUCCCGGAUAAUAGGAGGGCCAAUAUCUACUUCAACUUCACCAGUCCUCUUCCGGGAACAUUCGUCAUCUCCUUACACUACAAGGGCCGUAACCGAGGUCUUCUUGAGCUUGAUCUCAAGCUCGACGAUCUACUCGAAAUGCAGAAAGACAACCAGGAUGAUUUGGAUCUUGAAUACGUGCAGUUCAACGUCCCCAAAGUACUGGCGCUGCUGAACAAACGAUUCGCCAGGAAGAAGGGUUGGUAA